AUGAAUACACGACAUAUAAGCGUACUUCAGGCGAACUUAAACCACUCUGCGGGGUCUCAGGACCUCCAACUGCAGUCCGCCGCGGAGUUGUCCAUUGAUAUAAUAGCGGCUUGUGAGCCAUACUAUGUCCCUAUGUAUGGUUGGAGACAUGUGUGGCUCGGUAGUCGUGGUCCACCACAAGGUGCCCACAUCACCGUCCAGGGUGUUCAGGUGGAAAUAAAGGCCCAGAUGAAGUAUCUUUGCCUCUCCCUAGACGGUCGGUGGAGUUUUAGAAGGCACUUCGAGCUGCUUGCGCCCAGAUUCGUUGGAGCGGCAGCCGCUCUGAGAAGGCUCUUGCAUAACGUAGGGGGGCCGGACUCAGCCUGCAGACGUCCGUAUGUGGAUAUAAUAAGGAGUAUGGCACUGUACGGAACUCCAAUAUGGGUGCACGCACUGCCGCCGCAGAACAUUAUACUUCUGCGGCGACCACAGCGUGUAAUCGCAGUGCGUGCGAUACGGGGCUACCGUACUGUGUCUUGGACAGCAUCCACACUUCUAGCUGGUGACCCGCCGUGGGACUUGCAGGCUGAGGUGCUUCGCUACCGGUCAAGCAUGAGGACACAAGGGGAAAGACCAGGUCUUGAGGAGAUUGGGAGACUCCGUACCCUCGGGAGGGAGGUCCUGGUCCAAAGAUGCAGAGAAGACCUUGAGUCCCCAGUAGCGGGCAUCUGGACGGUGGAGGGCAUCCGGCCGCACUUAGAGCCGUGCCUGAAGCGGCGCCAUGGCCCGCUGUCAUAUCGUCUCGUGCAGAUACUUACCAGACAUGGCUGUUUAGGUAAAUACUUGCAAGGGAUCUUGAGGUGGGAAGUCUCGCCGUAUUGCCACGAAUUUGGUGCGCCUGAAGACACGGAGCUCCACACUAUACUCCACACGCGUGAUGGGCGCCGCAAAGACACGCAAUGGUGUCACUCCUGGAUAGUGACCUCUCGCUGUUAUUAA